GGUGGGAUGUGGGAGAAAAAAAAAUCCUAAACCUUCAAAAUGUCGUCAAAGUUAUCUUCUGUUCGCAGAUAUCUGCUCAAUCUACGACCUUUCAGUCACCAUCAAUUCCAUUUGGAGUGAUUGUACACCUUUCACUUGAAAUUCAACUUACAAUACGAUUAUUCGCCUCUGACUUUUCUCCAAAGAGUCACAUUGGAAGAGUCCUACGAUACACAAACAAUUAACCUCAUAAAACUUUUACAAGAUGUGCGGAAUUCUCGGAUUGAUCUUGGCCGCGUAUGACGACCCCAACUCAACCACGGCGGCAUCGCAAAUACACGAAGCACUUUACUACUUGCAACACAGAGGACAAGAUGCCUGCGGAAUCGCUACAUGUGCCGCUGGCGGUCGAAUCUAUCAAUGCAAGGGUAACGGUAUGGCUUCAAGAGUGUUCCAAGAUGGAUCCCGCAUUCAGGACCUUCCUGGUUUCAUGGGCAUCGGUCACUUGAGAUACCCCACAGCCGGAAGCAGUGCUAGUGCCGAAGCUCAACCUUUCUAUGUCAACAGUCCUUACGGAAUUACCUUUGCGCACAACGGAAACUUGAUCAACGCCCCAGAGCUCAAGCGCUUCCUCGAUUUCGAAGCUCAUAGACACAUCAACACCGACAGCGAUAGUGAGCUAAUGCUCAACAUCUUUGCCAACGAGCUCAAUGAGACUGGAAAGGCCCGUGUCAAUGAAGAAGAUAUUUUCAAGAGCUUGGAGAGAAUGUAUGGCAGAUGUGUUGGAGGCUGGGCAUGCACAGCAAUGUUGGCUGGUUUUGGCAUCCUCGGUUUCCGCGAUCCACACGGCAUUCGUCCCCUCAUCUUGGGUUCUCGAUUAACCGAAACAGGAGCUAAGGAUUACAUGAUGGCUUCUGAAUCAGUUGCUUUGAAGCAACUUGGAUUCAGCGAUCUCGUUGAUAUUCUCCCUGGACAGGCCGUCAUCAUCAGAAAGGGCUCAGAACCUCACUUCAGACAAAUCGUUCCACAAAAGAACUAUGCUCCAGAUAUUUUCGAGUAUGUUUACUUUGCUAGACCCGAUUCUAUCAUCGAUGGAAUCAGUGUUCAUCGAAGUCGACAAGCUAUGGGAAAUAAACUUGCCGAUACAAUCAGCAAGGUUCUUGGCCCUGAGGCAGUCAAAGAGAUUGAUGUCGUUAUUCCAAUUCCUGAAACCUCCAAUACUUCAGCUCAGAGUGUUUCGAAGCGUCUCAAGAUACCUUACUGUGAAGGAUUUAUCAAGAAUCGCUAUGUCUUCCGUACUUUCAUUAUGCCAGGACAAGGUGCUCGUCAAAAGUCUGUUCGACGCAAGCUUAGUGCAAUGGAGUCUGAAUUUGCCGGACGUACAGUUCUCUUGGUUGAUGACAGUAUUGUUCGUGGAACGACCAGUAGGGAGAUUGUAUUGAUGGCCCGUGAGGCAGGUGCAAAGAAGGUCAUAUUCGCUUCCUCUGCUCCACCCAUUACCCACGCUCACAUCUACGGUAUUGAUCUUGCAUCGCCCCAAGAACUUGUCGCACAUAACCGUGAUAGAUAUGCGAUUGCCGAACACAUUGGUGCGGACGAAGUCAUUUAUCAGUCAUUGGAGGACUUGAAGGCAGCAUGUGCAGAACUUUCUCCUCGCGAUCCAAAGACACAAGAAUUCGAAGUUGGUGUUUUCUGUGGUACCUACGUAACACCGGUUCAAGAUGGUUACUUCGAGCAUUUGGAACAAAUUCGAGGUGAAACUCGUAAGAUGAAGGUUCUUGAGAGUGCGAAGGAAGCUGUUAUUCAUGGUGUAGCAGGAGAAAAGGAAUUCAAUCUCAUCAGCCAGGGAGCAACAGUAGACUCAAAGGGUCAGGUAGUUCCCGAUGGCAGCCAAGACCAGGGCGUCAAUGGUGCUAAGAAUGGCAAUGCGAGGCCCAAGCUAGAGGCGACUGAGUCUAGCACACCUUCGGUUAGAGAUCGUCAAGAUAUUAGUUUACAUAACUUUGCGAGUGAUGCCAACAGAGAUUACAACUGAAAUUUAGAAAUUCGGAAGUAAAUUCAAACUUUGGGAAACUUUUUAGAUUAGGUACAAAUAUGGCGCGGUUGUUUGAAUUUGGUCGCUUUGGCCAAAUUAUAGAUUUUACGAAUUCCCAGGUAGAUUUUGAUGCACAAUAUCGGUGCCACAAUCAUAUCAUAAAUAAGCAUUGCUCAACUCGUAAAGUGAAGAGAAAUGGUCUGUUAGAACGAUCUUAGCAUGUGCUUCAGAAUAGAUGCCUGCAUAUCAUGUAAAGUCGAGGAAUUUAAGGAAUGUAAGUUCAUUGUGUUUUGUCUUUAGUUGAUUACCAGGUCUCGAAGUGUUGUUCCAGCGGAGAAGGUUAUACCGUUGCAACAAUUCUGAGAACUCAGACAUACGUUUAUCUGUUACUAUGCUAGUGUGAGUAAUUUGGAACAAAACUGGUCCACAAUCUCGUCGACCAUUUCUACUAGUUUCAAAUACAAAGAACUGUCAUGUCAUUUUGAUUCUCAUCAUUGUAUUAUAUUUUCGUGCGCCGGCUUAGGUUUUCUCUCGUGUUGCUCUUAUUCAUUGGAAGAGAGAAGUGUUUUCCUCCAUGUAUUUUGGGUGCAGAUUCUGAUCGUUUUUACUAAUUGUUGGUUCUAUCUUAUGCCGCAAUUACUUACAUAGAAGUGCUCGCUUAUCCUUGAGAUGUGCAGUGCAAUAGGCUAUGUAUAAUUCAGGGCUAUGAGUACCAACA